GCGUGCACGUAGAAGUAGGUUAGUUUUAAGAUUUCAACGGUUAAACUAUGAGGGACCCGAGCUUGACGGAAGAACAGGGGCGACAUGUGUGUCUGUUCCCAUACAGAGCCAUUACAGAGGAAGGGGGGAAUAAAACAUGAAAAAAGGAACAAAAAUCAAAUCGGAAACAACCAAACCCAACAUGAAGAAUUCUUUCACUUUUUUGUUUCCCACUAAGAUCUUGUUUCUGUUUCUGCAAAUUUUCCGUUCUUCAAUCUUUCCCCCCUUUCCUCUCUGUCAAUCAACCCUUCCAUAACUCUUCUUUUGUUUUUUUUUUGUUUUCUUUUCUUAAAACCUUCUUCGGUUGAUCCCUUCAGAGGCUUUCAGGGUCACAUGAGAUAUUAACAUCCUGAAGCAAUGUUCUGCUGCGGGGGUUCGGAUAACGAACCUAAAGGCCCACCUGCAAACCAAUAUACUGCCCCAUCUAAAGGAGGAAAUCAAAAUGGUGGUACUGGUGGUACUGGAAGAGGAGAGCCAAAUGCUCCGAGUGGGGUUAAACCUGGUGGGGCUCCCCAGAAAGUUCUUCCCAUUGAAAUCCCAUCUGUUCCUUUAGACGAACUAAAUAAGAUGACAGAUAACUUUGGUAAAAAGGCUUUGAUCGGAGAAGGAUCUUAUGGUCGUGUUUUUUACGGAACAUUUAAUGGCCAGCCUGCUGCAAUAAAGAAACUGGACACUGGGUCUUCACCUGAGCCAGAUUCUGAGUUUGGAGCACAGUUAUCCGUAGUUUCAAGGCUUAAACAUGGAAAUUUUGUGGAGUUGCUGGGGUAUUGUAUGGAGGAAAAUAAUAAAAUCUUAAUAUAUGAACACGCUACAAUGGGUUCUUUGCAUGAUGUAUUACAUGGGAGGAAAGGAGUACAAGGAGCUGAACCAGGUCCGGUUCUGAGCUGGAACCAAAGAGUAAGGAUUGCAGUAGGUGCAGCGAAAGGUCUAAAAUAUUUGCAUGAGAAAGUUCAGCCUUCGAUAGUUCACCGUGAUGUUAGAUCAAGCAAUGUCCUUCUGUUUGAUGACUUUGUGACUAAAAUUGCGGAUUUCAACUUGACCAAUCAAUCAUCUGAUUCCUCAGCUCGACUGCAUUCCACUCGUGUCUUGGGUACAUUUGGGUACCAUGCCCCUGAGUAUGCAAUGACGGGACAGAUCACGCAGAAGAGUGAUGUAUACAGUUUCGGAGUUGUUCUUCUUGAACUGUUGACGGGAAGAAAACCGGUGGAUCAUACAAUGCCCAAAGGCCAACAGAGUCUUGUUACUUGGGCAACCCCAAGGUUGAGUGAAGACAAGGUUAAGCAAUGUGUGGAUCCCAAGCUCAACAAUGAUUACCCACCAAAGGCAAUCGCCAAGCUAGCAGCCGUUGCGGCACUUUGUGUCCAGUACGAGGCAGAUUUCCGACCAAACAUGACAAUUGUUGUCAAAGCUCUUCAACCACUUCUUAAUGCAAAACCAGAAGCAAAACCAGCAGGAACAGACCCUCAACCAUAGUGUCUAUAUCUGGCCUGUAAAGAAUUAGUGUGAGGCUUUUGUAGUUGUAUUUUUUUUCCUAUAUAUUAUCCGGAAUAUUUUUUUUUCCUAAUUUUUUUUCAUGCAUUUCAAGAAUUACAUACUUAUAUUCGAAUAAAUGUCGGAUGUAAGUACUGGACAGGAAUGCGUUUAAAAGAAAAUGAAAAACAUGGAUAAGUGGCUCUUUGUUCAUGUUUUAUAAUCUCAUUACUUGACGAAAUCAAUUUUACAGAUAUCUUUUGUUUA